AAGGCAAGUUGUGGCAGAUUAUUCUCGUUUCUCCAUUUCCGCCGCCAGGAGAAUCUGGCGAGUAGUGACCCGGCCCCGGUCCUAGACGUAGAGGUGGAGUGAUACGAUACACUCAACGCCGCCUUGGAAAUGGAGGAACCUUCCCUCAUACACAGACAGAUGCACCGAGAAGCCACCACCAUCGACUCGAUCGGCGACGAUCUUCUUCACAACAUCUUCUCCCGCCUCCCCGCGCCGUUUUGCGCCACCGUCGCCUGCGUUUGCCGCUCUUGGAACCUUAUCGCCACCCGCAUCCUCUCCUACCCCAAGUUCUCCUCCGCUCUCUCUCGUAACCCUUCCCUUCAGGAUGCUGUAAAUGAGGUAAUUGAAGAGGUCCUGUCGCAGCCGAUUCGACCUCAGUUCGCCAUUGCUUCCGUUGGCCCCAGCUUUAGCUUGGAAGAUGCUCAUGCACUCAUUUCUAGAAGAUUGGACUCCAGAAUUCCAGUAAUUUCUUGCACAUCACAAGGAAUUAUUGGUAGAGAUGCACUAACUCAUGAGUUUCAAGAGGUUCAAUGGGAAAUAGUUGAUGAUGACGAUGACGACAACGCUGAGGAUGUUAAUAUGUUGCAGAAUGCAAAUGUAGGAGUCUUGUUGAGUGUUGGUUUCUUGCCAGGAUUGAAAGCCAAUUUGAUCCCUUUAUUGUGGAAUACUCGGGGAACUCGAGGACUCAUGGUUGAUGAAUUUGUGAUGAGUAUCAGGGAAUACUCAUCUUUAGUUUCUGGCACCACAUCCCCACAGGGGAUUAUAUUGUUCGCAGACCAGGAAACUGAUAUGAAAGAUGUUCUUGUGAAGAUGGAUUAUGCAUUUUCUGCAGAGACUGUAAUCGUGGGUGAUGGAGCUGGCAAAUUCUUAUACCAAAUUGAUAAUGGAGUUAAUGCCACAAUUAAUCAAGACUGUACUCCUGCAGCUCUAGCUCUUGUAUUUGCAAAGGACAGAGACAAGCCUCCUGGUGUGGGGGAUACUCAAUUGCAUGUUAUGUUGUCCAAUGGCAUAUCAGCUUUUGGACCUACAUACAAAGCUGUUUCUGUAAGAGAGAGACGCACUGGCAAUACCACAUGGCUGACUGCUAAGAGGGGAGCAGAGCAGGAGGACCUUGAUGGUCAAACUCUGUUAGAGCAGAUCUUUCAUGAGGUAGGAGAUUAUUUCCAUUGCCAAGCUCUAUUUAUUGGAGUUAUGAAAAGAAGAAAGUGCUCCAUUGGGGAGGAAAAAGUAAAAUGGAGUACUUUGCAGGAAUUUCAUGAGGUCUUGAGAGGAGAUGAGGAGUACUUAUAUGUCAAUGGUCUUGGCAUCAAAAGUGGAGACUUGUUCCGUUUCUACAUUUCAGAUUCUAAUACUGCACUAUCUUCUUGCAAAAAAGUCAGCGACAACCUUAGAUGUUUGAAGCAGGAAUAUGACUGCAGAAAUCAUGCAAGUGGUGAUGCUGUAAACAUUGAUAAGAAAGCAAUUUUAGGUGGCAUUUCUUUCUGUUGCUGUGGCCGUGGUGAGUCGUUUUUUGGACAUGCUAAUGCUGAUAGCUUGCCUUUCCUGGAAAACUUCCCCACGGUUCCUCUAGCUGGAAAUUUUUGCGCUGGGGAAAUUGCUCGUGUGGAUUUAAGCUCUUACGGGGAUGGGCCCGAAGAGCUGUCUUCCAUCCGCUGCUGUCUACACGUGUUCAGCACUGUCUACCUGGUUAUGUCAUACACCCCCGCAGGACCUGCAUAGCUACAUCACUUAUCAUAACUCCAUCCACAAGCCGGAGAUAGUUCUCCCCUCUUCCUUGAUCACAUGUUUUCUUCUUACUACAAAACCCUGCAAAAGUAUUGCAGUUCAACAGCAUGGUCUUUAAGAAAGACGAACAGAAAGCUUCUUCCGUCUUGAGUUGAAUGUGAGUUGAAUGAUCAUCUCCUCUUCUGGCUUAAUAUGAAAGAUAUUUGCUUACAACUACUUUUCUCCUUCUGGUGUAUAUGUUACUUGCACUUUCUGUUCGUAUUUCUAGAUCUGGAAUUUGGUUGUUUAACUUAUUCACAUUGCCAUCAAAUUCCUUCUAUAUUUACAAAAUGUAGAAAUGAAAAGCAAUGGAGUGCUUUAGAUUAAAAAUGAUGGUAUCAAAAUGAAGUUUGAUUCUUCA